GUUUUGCUCAGCGCCUGAGAGAGAGAGAGAGAGAGAGAGAGAGAGAGCGAGAACACACACAUGGCCAUGGCGGCGGUACGAAUGGCAGCGGGGGCGGUGAUGGCGUCUGCAGGGUCCGUGGGCGUAAGACAGACGGCCGUUGGUGGUGUGCGAUUGGCACCGGUGGUGCUGGCUCGGCUUCCGCAGCUGCAGCAGCGCCAGCAGCUGCAUCAGAAUGGGCCCGCUCGCUCCAUUUUUGAUAAGCUCUUUGGCAGCAAAGAACAGCCCGCAACUUCACCAACUCCUGCUGCUGCCAAGGGCCAGCCUGCCCGGCCAGAUCUUGACACUGAUGCCUUGGCCCGUGCUUCUCAGGCCGUAUCAGACGCUGCCGUCGUGGAGGAGCCAGAGCGCCUUCCCGUCCAGCCAGAGGAAGUCGAACCCAUUGUGUUGGCCCUCGUUGCCGAGUACUUUCCCGGUCAAGAUAGCUCAGACCUUACCCAACUCACCUUUACCGACCUCCAACACAAGUUUGAGGUGCUGAGCGAACUCGAGCAGCGCGUGAACAUUCCCAUCCGAGACCAAGAAUUGGGUUUCCUCAACAACAUGCAGGCGGUCAACGACUACUUUAGCUUGCCUCAUAGCAUUUUGUUUCCGCCGGACGAGCGUGAGCUCUUCCCGGAGCUUGACAUGUCCACGCUGCCAGCAAAUCUGACCGUUGAUUUACCCCGGCCUCGCGCACAGGCCUUCCAUAGCCCCUUCAAAGCGGCUUUGUAAAGCACGUUGCGUACACUGUCAUCUCAGCUCUGCCUUGAAUCCCCGCCCGCCUAUUGUUUCCCUCUUAUGGUGAUCAUGGUUGGGUCGUCCCAUGCUUGGUCCUGUCGUUUGCCAUCGAGUGGCAACGCCAGCGUUGCAGUGCAUCUCAUCUCAUUCACAUAUCAAAACGAAUUCUUGCUUCUGCCUUUCUGGGUCACCAAUUCAAUGACUGCCACCCCA